AGUCGCGCGCCGGCCACCCGCGCGCCUGCCGCCCGUUGCCCUGGCAACCGUCGUGCCGCGUCUUCCUGAGGGAGCUCCUGUCAGCCCACUGAUCCCACCACCCGCUCCCUACUGCCCCGCGGUCUUCGCGUGAGCUCGGAGACUGAGGGACAACAAAAAUGGCGGAGGGGAGCCAGUCGGCGCCUGAGGCAGGCAAUGAUAUGGGAAAUGAUGAUGCCAUCGGAGGGAAUGUGAGCAAAUACAUAGUGCUUCCAACUGGCUAUUGUGGACAGCCCAAGAAAGGACACCUUAUCUUUGAUGCUUGCUUUGAAAGUGGUAACCUGGGCCGGGUGGACCAGGUCUCUGAGUUUGAGUAUGAUCUGUUCAUUAGACCGGACACCUGUAAUCCACGCUUCCGAGUCUGGUUCAACUUUACUGUUGAAAAUGUGAAAGAAUCACAGAGGGUCAUUUUCAACAUUGUUAACUUCAGUAAAACCAAGAGUCUCUAUAGAGAUGGGAUGGCCCCUAUGGUGAAAUCUACCAGCAGACCAAAAUGGCAAAGGCUGCCACCCAAAAAUGUUUACUACUACCGCUGCCCGGACCACAGGAAGAACUAUGUGAUGUCCUUUGCCUUUUGUUUUGACCGAGAAGAAGAUAUUUACCAGUUUGCUUACUGCUACCCAUAUACAUACACUCGCUUCCAACAUUACCUUGACAGCCUGCAAAAGAGAAACAUGGAUUACUUCUUUCGGGAGCAGCUGGGCCAGAGUGUGCAACAACGAAAGCUUGACCUCCUGACGAUAACCAGCCCUGACAAUCUCCGGGAAGGGGCAGAGCAGAAGGUGGUAUUCAUCACAGGACGUGUCCACCCAGGGGAAACACCCUCAUCAUUUGUGUGCCAAGGGAUCAUUGACUUCCUUGUAAGCCAGCACCCUAUUGCCCGUGUCCUCCGGGAAUACCUGGUCUUCAAGAUCGCACCAAUGCUCAAUCCUGAUGGAGUCUACCUGGGCAAUUACAGGUGUUCUCUGAUGGGGUUUGAUCUGAAUCGUCACUGGCUGGAUCCCUCUCCAUGGGUCCACCCUACCCUUCAUGGAGUGAAACAACUCAUCGUCCAGAUGUACAACGACCCAAAAACAAGCCUGGAGUUUUAUAUUGACAUCCACGCCCACUCCACCAUGAUGAAUGGCUUCAUGUACGGCAACAUCUUUGAGGAUGAGGAACGGUUCCAGAGGCAGGCCAUCUUUCCCAAGCUCCUCUGCCAGAAUGCUGAGGACUUCUCCUAUUCCAGCACAUCCUUUAACCGGGACGCUGUGAAAGCAGGAACUGGCCGUCGCUUCCUCGGUGGACUCCUGGACCACACUUCCUAUUGCUACACCCUAGAGGUCUCCUUCUACAGCUACAUCAUCAGUGGCACCACGGCUGCUGUGCCCUACACUGAAGAAGCCUAUAUGAAGCUGGGGCGGAACGUGGCAAGAACCUUUUUGGACUAUUAUCGGCUGAACCCCGUGGUUGAAAAGGUGGCAAUUCCCAUGCCAAGACUGCGGAAAGAAAAAUCCCCUCCUUACAAGCACCCACUCCUGCGGGGCCCAGCCAGCAACUACCCCAACGGCAAAGGGGACAAGAAGAGCUCAGUGAACCACAAAGACCCUUCAACCCCUUUUUAAAGACACGGAGUCCUGGGAGGUCUUAUGGGGACAGGAGCAUGCAUAUUCUGCUGGGGAAUGAAACUAAUCACUCUUCUGUAUCCAAGGAUUUGUGGAUUAAUGCAUAGGCUAGUGAAAGGGAAAGGAUACAAUGAGAAACUUCAUCACUGAUUUUCCCUUUUUCCAAUGGAAAAUCAAUUGUAAGCCUUCAGCUCAAAAAGCUCAGGAACAAAAUAGGAGACUGGAACCAGGUGAGCACAGAUGCUGUUUUCUACAACAUAGAGAUCUUCCAAGAUGAGGAAAACCUACACAUCCCUUUUAAGAGAUUUGACACAUAUCAGGUCAGUUCUUUCAAAGCCACUUUACAUUUUUAAGUUUUAUAGUUACUGUAGAUGGCUACCUUCUCAAUAGGCUUGGUUGUUUACAGCUUUAGAAAUGCAGUGUUUGUAUUUUCUGAUCCAAAACAACAGCAACAACACAUGCAACCCAAGGGCAAAUGCAUCCUAGGGAACAAUGGGACAGAAUUUUUGAAGUCACGGUGGACUUAAAUAUAUGGUCACUGUAUCUAAGCUGCAUGCUUCCUGAUUCCCUCAAACCCCAGCAUGCAGAUUUAGAAAACUGUUCUGAGAGCUGUUUCCCAAUUUCCUGGGUAGUUUAAUUAAAAUUUUAGCUCUAAAGACAAAAAGCACUGGUCACUCAUUUUAAAAGGUUUAUUAUGGUUAAGGUCUCCAGAUCCCAGGUGACAGGGAUUAAGCCUGGCCCCUGAAGAUGUGGGCAUUGCUAAUCUGCAAUGAGGAAAGGGUGAUUGCCAGGCAAGGAAGAUGCAAAAGACAGAAGGAUGCACCCUGAGGCAGGGAGGAAUGAUAAAAUAAAACAGUAGUAGCAAUUCCCAAGGUGUGGCAAGCUAAAUAUUGUGCAUUUUUGUGAAGAGUAAAGUGCCUUUGUAUGAUAAAUGGGUCCAGGGGAGUCUGCUCCCUUCCUGUCUGUGGAAACAGCAGGCUGAGUCACCAUGACAGCCUGCUAAUUAAAAUGACCUCCCGGAAGUGAGGAUUAGAAGACAGGGAGAGGCAAGGAAGCUCCAGGGAGGAAAAGCCCUUAGCACAGAGCUCCACUAAAGCAUUUUUUGUUCAUUUGUUUGUUUGUUUGGGUUGGAGAUUAUUGAAGUUUGCUACAAAAAUCAAAAGCAAAACUUGUUCUCCUUUGCAUGCUAGUUUUCAGAAAUGAUAAGAAAGAGCCAUAUGUUGAUUGGCUACAAAUGUCAUGUUGUAUAUACAGCUUCUCCCCUGGGUUCGUUUUGCCCAGAGGAACACAAAUAAAGUGUUUUGUGCA